AUGGACCUCCUGGCAUUCGCUCUCCUCCUGGCAGGGGUGCCAGUGGCGGGGAGCUGGCAGGAGCCCGACCUCAGCCAUGGCUGCUCCCGUGGCAGCUGCUACCCAGCCACUGGGAACCUGCUGGUGGGGCGUGCCUCCCGCCUGAGUGCCACCUCCACCUGUGGGAUGGAUGGGCCCCAGGAGUAUUGUAUCGUCAGCCACCUUCAGGACUCAGAGAAAUGCUUCACCUGUGAUUCGCGGGACCCAACCCUGCCUGAGAGUCACCGCAUCGAGAAUGUCAUCUACCUAAGCAGCCCCCAUGGCCAGCGGACCUGGUGGCAGUCAGAGAACGGUGUUGAGCAUGUCAGCAUCCGUCUGGACCUGGAGGGCGAGUUCCACUUCACUCACCUUAUCAUGAAGUUUAAGACCUUCCGCCCUGCGGCCAUGCUGGUGGAGCGCUCAUCUGACUUCGGGCGAAGCUGGAAGGUCUACCGCUACUUUGCCUACAACUGCUCCAAGCUCUUCCCCUACGUCCCCAUCCAGCCCUUGGGGCUGGUGGAUGAGGUGCUGUGUGACCAGCGCUACUCCGAGAUCGAGCCCUCCAGCCAUGGGGAGGUCAUCUUCAAGGUGCUGGACCCCUCCAUCCCAGUGGCAGAUCCCUACAGCCCAGAAAUCCAGGACCUGCUGCGUGUCACCAACCUACGGGUGAACCUCACCAAGCUGCACACGCUGGGGGAUAACCUGCUGGACACGCGGCAGGAGGUGCUGCACAAAUACUAUUAUGCUGUGGAUGAGCUGGUGCUACGUGGGAGCUGCUUCUGCCAUGGCCAUGCAGCCCACUGUGCCCCAGCACCUGGCGCCCCAACAUCCUCCACCCCUGGCACGAUCCACGGGCGCUGUGUCUGUGAGCAUCACACAGAGGGACUGAACUGCGAGCGCUGCCAGGACUUCUAUCACGACCUGCCCUGGCGCCCGGCUGAGGGCUCCAACGCCAAUGCCUGCCGCCGCUGUGACUGCAAUGAGCACUCUCAGCAGUGCCACUUUGACAUGGCUGUCUUCCUGGCCACGGGCAAUACCAGUGGGGCUGUAUGUGAUGGCUGCCAGCACAACACCAUGGGCCACCGCUGCCACCUCUGCAAGCCUUUCUACUACCAGCACCCCCGCUCUGACAUCCGUGCCCCAACUGCCUGCGCCCCAUGUGACUGUGAUCCAGCUGGUUCACUGGACGGAGGCGCCUGUGAUGGGCACACAGAUGUGGCACUGGGCAUGAUUGCAGGGCAGUGCCGCUGCAAGGAGAAUGUGGCCGGUCCCCGCUGUGACCGCUGCCGGCACGGUGCUUAUGGCCUCAGCCACAGCGACCCACAGGGCUGUCAGCCAUGUAGGUGUGAUCCACGGGGCACAGUGGCAGGCAGCUCCCCCUGUGACCCCAUCAGCGGGGACUGCUACUGCAAACGCUUUGUGGCCGGGCGCUCCUGCAGUCAGUGUGUGCCUGAGUUCUGGGGCCUGAGCUAUGAUAUGGGGGGCUGUCGGCCCUGUGCCUGUGACUUCGGGGGAGCCUACAACAACCGGUGUUCCAUGGAGGAUGGGGCUUGCCCCUGUCGUCCCCACUUCAUGGGGCGGCAGUGUGACCAGGUACAGCCUGGCUUCUUCUGUGCCCCCCUCGACUACUACACCUAUGAGGCUGAGCAGGCCACCGGCCACAGCCAUGGCAACCCCCAGCUCCCGGGUGCCAUACGGCCCGAGGUGCCCCAGGACUGCCUGGAGUAUGACACUGGGGAGCCAGGGGAACAGAAGGGACAACCACAUCACCAGCGCAGCCUCUUUCAUGCCUCCCAGCCCCGUGCUCCCUCACGCCACAUCCGCCAGCAGGCCCCCAAGCCGGAUGUGGAGGAGGUGUUGCGGGAUGGCACUGGGCGCAUGGUGACGUGGACGGGCUCGGGGUUUGCCCGGGUGCGGGAUGGGGCUGGCCUGACCUUCCGCGUGGACAACGUGCCCUACCCAAUGGACUACGAGCUGCUGCUGCGCUACGAGCCUGAGUCAGCUGAGGACUGGGAGGCUGUGGUCAGUCUCAGAUCCCGCGUGCUGCCUACCAGCUCUCGCUGCGGGAACCUGCUGCCCUCUGAGCAGAUGUACCGUGAGAACCUGCCCCACAGUCAGAGAUACGUGCUGCUGUCACGGCCUUUCUGCUUCGAGCCCAGCACCCCCUACGAGGUGACAGUGAGGCUUCAACGAGCUGGUGUCACCCAGCGUCACCCCAGCGCCUUCAUCCUCAUUGACUCGUUGGUGCUCCUGCCACAGGUGAUGGAGCUGCCAGGCUUCUAUGAAGCAGAGGCAGCAGCACGCCGGGAGGAGCUGGAGCGGUACCGGUGCCUGGAGGCAUUUCGCAUGGCCCCUACACACACCCUGGCCCAGGCCUGCGCACGCCUGGUCUGCAGUGUGUCAGCCAUGCUGCAUGGCAGGGCACUGCCCUGCCAGUGUGACCUGCAGGGCUCCCGCAGCAGUGAGUGCCAGGUGCAGGGAGGGCAGUGCGACUGCAAGCCCCACGUCCUCGGCCGGCGCUGCGACCACUGCGCUCCAAGCAGCUAUGGCUUUGGGCCCCUGGGCUGCAGCCCCUGUGCCUGCUCCCCGGAGGGCUCAGUGUCACAGCUGUGUGAUGCGGUGAGUGGGCAGUGCCGGUGCCAGCCUGGUGUUGUGGGCCGACAGUGUGACCAGUGCCAGCCUGGCCACUGGGGCUUCCCUACCUGUCGGCUCUGCCAGUGCAAUGGGCAUGCCGAGGAGUGCGACCCCCAGACAGGCAGCUGCCUGCACUGCCGUGACCACACCACCGGCCGGCACUGUGAGAGGUGCCAGGACGGUUACUAUGGGGACCCAGUGUUGGGCUCGGGGCAGCAGUGCCGGCCCUGCCCCUGCCCUGGCUACCCUGGCACACGGCACUACCAUGGAAGUGCCUGCCAUGCCGAUGAGGAGACCCACCACAUCAUCUGCCUCUGUGCACCUGGAUAUGCUGGACCCCGCUGUGACCGCUGCUCCCCUGGCUAUUUUGGGGCACCAGCCAUGGAGGGAGGUGUGUGCCGGCCCUGCCAGUGCAACAAUAACAUCGACACCAGCGACCCAGGGGCCUGUGACCCCCAGACAGGGCACUGCCUGCGCUGCCUGUACCGCACCAGUGGGCCCCGCUGCGCCCACUGCCAGCCUGGCUAUUACGGCAAUGCCUUGCAGCGCAGCUGCCGGCGCUGUGUCUGUGACCCGCAAGGAACCCUAGCCUCCCACUGCACUGCUGGCACCUGCACUUGUGACCGUGGCACAGGUGCCUGUGCCUGCCGGCCCAAUGUGGUGGGCAAGAGCUGCGACCGCUGCAUACCUCACUUCUGGAGACUUGGGGGAUCAAGGGGCUGUGAGCCCUGUGGCUGCCACCCCACCCAUGCCCUGAACCCUGCCUGUGAUGUGGUGUCAGGGCAGUGCCAGUGCCGGCCUGGCUUUGGGGGCCGUGUCUGCUCCCAGUGCCAGGAGCAUCACUGGGGAGACCCCGAACAGGAGUGCCGAGCCUGUGAGUGUGAGCCACUGGGUGCUGAGAGCCCACAGUGUGAUCAGGUCAGCGGCCAGUGCUGGUGCCGGCCAGGCUUUGGGGGGCUGCGCUGUGACCGCUGUCAGCGUGGCUACCAGGAGGCCUUCCCACACUGCUCGCCCUGCCACCCCUGCUUUGGGCACUGGGACCCAGCCCUGGGCAUCCUGCAGGAUGUGCUGCGGCGUCUUGGGGCUCAGGUGCGGGCACUGCGGGAGGGAGGGUCUGCACCCCAGCUCAGCCCUCGCCGCUUGCGGGCACUGGAGGAGGCCCUGGGGCAUGUGGAGCAGCUGCUGACAGAGCAGGUCAUCCCUGGAGGCCCCCUCCUCGAUGGGCUACCUGGGAGGCUGGAUGGCACCAGGAUGGAACUUGAUGACUUCUGGAAGCAGCUUCAAGAGCUGGAGCAACAUCUAGAUCAGCUGGCACAGGCAGAUGUGCGGCACUUGGAGCAGCUAGCUGGGCUGAACCGCAGGCUGGGAGAUCUCAACCAAACUGCCUCCCACCUCCAAACCCUCCUCAGCACUGUAGCAGCAGCUGGUUUUGGUGAAUCUUACCGCAGCAUCCUGGCAUCAGUGGAGGACUCGCGGCAGGCAGUGGCGGUAGCCAGUGGCACAUCCAUUGAGCUAAGCAGGUCACAGGCGACGCGGCGGACGGCUGAGUGGGUGCUGCGGCAGCAGGGCAAUGCCUUCCGGCGUGGCACAGCUGCAGAACGGAAAUCCUUGCGGGAGGUACAGAAACGAGUGAUGGGACUCAGCGUUGCCAGAAUCAAUGAGAAGAUCUGUGGGGCACCCGGAGACUGGAGCUGUGAGCAAGCACCUUGUGGAGGAGCCUUGUGCCAGAAUGAAGCAGGGGCAAGGCACUGUGGUGGCACAGGGUGCGCAGGGGCACUGCCCACCUCGGCUCGAGCCCUGGGCAACGCCCAUAAUGUCUCAGAGCAGCUGGAGGUGGCACUGGGGAAUCUGGGUGUUGUGGCACAGAAGACACAGGAGGUGCAGGAGCUGGCACGAGGGGCACGGAGCCAGGCAGAGGAAGCUCUGGGGCACUCACAGGCUGCCCGCAGCCGUGUGGAGAAGGCAACGACUCAGCUUCGGGAUUUCAUCCGCCAAAUCAAAGCCUUCCUGGCAGAGGAGGGAGCCGACCCAGGCAGCAUUGAACUGGUGGCCUGGCAAGUGCUGAACAUCUCCCUGCCCAGCAGUCCCGGCCGGAUCCAGGAGCUGCUGCAGGAGAUGCGGGACAGCAUUGGCCAACUGGAGGGGGUGGAUGCAGUGCUCAAAAGCACGGCAAAGGGGCUGGCUGCAGCCAGGGGGCUGCUGGCACAGGGGGAGGAUGCCAGGGAACGAGCAGAAGGUGUGAGGGAUGAGCUGGCCGGGACACAACAGGCACUGGAGAUGGCACAGGCACAGGCAACGGCAGCAGGGAGUGCUUUAUGGAGUGCCAGAGAUGCCAUUCGGGCAGCUGAGAACAGAGCCAAGGAGGCGGAGCGCAGGCUCAAGGCGCUGGAGGAGAAGGAGUCACGAGUGCAGCGGCGGCUGCAGGAGCUGGCACAGCGUAUCACCACCCUGGAGGGGCAGGGCCAGGCCACCCGCCGUGUGGCCCAGCAAGCCAAAGACAGGGUGCAGCAUGCCGCUGCCACCUCUGGGACACUCAGUCAGGACCUAGCAGAGGUGACGCAGCGCUAUGUGGUGCUGAAGACGCGGGUGAGCGGGCUGGCUGGGGUGUCUGGUGGGGCCCUGCAGCGUGUAACACGGCUGACAGCAGAGGCCCAGGACCUCUUGGACAAGGUCAGCAGCAGCAAGAGGAAGCUGGAAGAGCUGGAGCAGCACUUUGGGGCCAAUGAGCGAACAAUGGCGGCAAAGGCAAUGCGACUGCAGGCGCUGGAGCAGCGGGUCUGGGGGCUGCUGGAGGAGAUCCAGGAAAAGGCCAAUGCUUAUGCCACAUGCUAG